CAUUGGGCCCCUCAGACAGGGAUUCGGGCCCCUGUUCCUCAUUCUGCUCUGCAGAACUGAGCAAAUCUGGGUCAGCAGCCUGUUCUGGGUCAUUAUACGGAGAUUAAAGUCUGCGUUCGGGAUCUGGGGUCAUUUCUGAGGACUCGAGUUACACUGACCUCAGAUCAGCUAAACAUUCGUGUGUUUUCAGAAUGAGUCGCGUAACAAAACAUGGGUUAGCAUUAGCACUAGCUGACGGCUAAAUGUGUUUCUGUGUCUUAUGCAAUGAUGAUCUCAGCUAUGUGAUGGAUCUGAUGGCCGUGAGCACGUCUGCGACGGGUCAGGAUGAGUUUGACCGUAACGCGCCGCGCAUUUGUGGAGUGUGUGGAGACAAAGCCACCGGAUUCCACUUCAACGCCAUGACCUGCGAGGGAUGCAAGGGUUUCUUCAGGCGCAGUAUGAAGCGUAAGGCCAAUUUUACCUGCCCCUUCAAUGGAAACUGCACCAUCACUAAAGACAACCGGCGGCACUGCCAGGCCUGCAGACUGAAGCGCUGCAUCGACAUCGGCAUGAUGAAGGAGUUCAUCCUGACGGACGAGGAGGUGCAGCGGAAGAAGGAUCUGAUCAUGAAGCGUAAAGAAGAAGAAGCGGCUCGAGAGGCUCGUAAACCUCGGCUGAGCGACGAGCAGAUGCAGAUCAUCAACUCUCUGGUGGAGGCGCACCACAAAACAUACGACGACUCGUACUCCGACUUCGUCAGAUUCAGGCCUCCAGUGCGUGAGGGUCCAGUGACGCGCAGUGCCAGUCGAGCUGCAUCUCUUCACUCUCUGUCCGACGCGUCUUCAGACUCAUUCAACCAUUCACCAGAGUCUGUGGACACCAAGCUGAACUUCAGUAAUCUGCUGAUGAUGUAUCAGGACAGUGGCAGUCCAGACUCCAGUGAGGAGGAUCAGCAGUCUCGGCUCUCCAUGCUGCCGCACCUCGCAGACCUCGUCAGCUACAGCAUACAGAAGGUCAUCGGCUUCGCCAAGAUGAUCCCCGGCUUCAGAGACCUGACUGCUGAAGAUCAGAUUGCUCUGCUGAAGUCCAGCGCCAUCGAGAUCAUCAUGCUGAGGUCCAACCAGUCCUUCAGUCUGGAGGACAUGAGCUGGAGCUGCGGAGGACCAGACUUCAAAUACUGCAUCAACGACGUCACCAAGGCGGGUCACACUCUGGAGCUGCUGGAGCCGCUGGUCAAGUUUCAGGUUGGUCUGAAGAAGCUGAAGCUUCAUGAAGAAGAGCACGUGCUGCUGAUGGCCAUCUGUCUGCUGUCUCCAGAUCGCCCGGGCGUGCAGGACCACGUACGCAUCGAGGCGCUGCAGGACCGGCUGUGUGAUGUGCUGCAGGCCUACAUCCGCAUCCAGCACCCCGGCGGACGCCUGCUCUACGCCAAGAUGAUCCAGAAGCUGGCGGACCUGCGCAGCCUGAACGAGGAGCACUCCAAGCAGUAUCGCUCGCUGUCCUUCCAGCCUGAGCACAGCAUGCAGCUGACGCCUCUGGUGCUGGAGGUGUUCGGGAGUGAGGUGUCCUAGCAUCCCAGAGCCCCCCGACCCGCUCUGCAGGAUCCGCAGGACCCGCAUGCUGGAGCCAGAACACCGCUGCGGCACUGAGAGCACUCAGGGGGCUGAGAAAAAGCCUGUGUGUGUGUGCGUGUGUGUGUGUGUGUGUGUGUGUGUGUGGGAUCAUCGCGUCAUGGGGGAACAAAUCAUGUCCCCACAAGUAUAGUAAUACCAGUCAUUUUUGACUUUUUUUUGGGUCCCCAUGAAGAAAACGGCAGAUUUAGUGGACAGAGCAUACAGUCUGUAUAGUAGAAACACACUGUGAGCUUGUAAAAUGAGUGAGUGUGGUCAACACCUUAUGGGAACCAAAUCAUGUCCCCACAAGUGUAGUAAUACCAGUCAUUUUUGGAAAAUCUUUUGGUCCCCAUGAUAAAAACAGCAGGUUUACUGGACAGGAUAUACAGUAAACAUACUGGGAUCUUGUAAACCGUGAAAACUCAGUGUGUCCGUGGUCAUCUCAUCAUGGGAACUAAAGCAUGUCCCCACAAGUAUAGUAAUACCAGUCAUAUUUGAUGGGAGGGGGGGAAUGGCAGGGUUACUGGACAGAACAUACAGUCUGUAUAGUAGCAACAUACUGAGAGCUUGUAAAACAUGUGAGAGUGUGAUCAUCACCUUAUGGGAACCAAAUCAUGUCCCCACAAGUAUAGUAAUACCAGUCCUUUUUGAAUUUAGAAUUUAAAUUUCUUUGGUUCCCAUGAAAAAAUGGCGAGUUUAGUGGACAAAAUAUACAGUCUGUAUUGUAGAAACACACUACGAGCUUGUAAAAGAUGAAAACUCAGUGUGUGUGUUCAUUACCUUAUGGCAGGGGUGUCAAACUCAGUUCCUGAAGGGCCGCAGCUCUACACAGUUUAGUUCCAACCCUGCUUUAACUUGCCUGUAGGUUUUAAACAAGCCUGAAGGACAUAAUUAGUAAGAUCAGGUGUGUGUAAUUAGAGUUGGAACUAAACUGUGCAGAGCUGCGGCCUUGCAGGAACUGAGUUUGACACCCCUGCCUUAUGGGAACCAAAUUACGUCCCCACAAGUAUAGUAAUAACAGCUUUUAAAUAAAAAAAAUAAAAAGAAUUUGGUCCAUGUGAAAAAAAGGCGAGUGUAGUGGACAGAACAUACAGUCUGUAUAGUAGAAACACCCUGAGAGCUUGUAUAACAUGAAAACUCAGUGUGUGUGUGUGUGUUGGAUACCAAAUCACGUCCCCACAAGUAUAGUAAUACCAGUUUUAAGUUAAAAAAAAAAAAGUUUUGGUCCCCAUGAAAAAAGGGCGAGCUUAGUAAACAGAACAUACAGUCUGUAUAGUAGAAACACACUGUAUAACGUGUGUGUGUGUGUGUUCAUCACCAAAUCACGUCCCCACAAGUAUAGUAAUACCAGUCUUUUUCCCCAUGCCAUAAACAAUGGGUUUAGUGGACAGUCCUCAUAAACCAUUUAUGCACGUGUGUGUGUGUGUGUGUGUGUGUGUGUGUGUGUGUGUGAUCUUGGUAUUCAUCACAUUGUGGGGACCAAAUGUCUCCUCAAGGAUAAUAACACCAGUCAUUUUUGACCUUGUGGGGACAUUUAUUUGUGGUCUCCAUGAGGAAAACGCCUCAAAUCAUCAAGAAUGAAGUAUUGAGAAAACUGCAGAUUGUUUUCUGGGGUUUGGUUUAGCGGACUGAAUAUACAGUCUGUACAAGAGAAACAUCAUCACGUCUAUGGGGAGCCUGUAGAACAUGAAAACCCAGUGUGUGUGUGUGUGUGUGUGUGUGUGCUUGUUUAUAUGGUUUACGAGGACACUAAACAGUAUAAUGAGUAUGACCUAGUUCUAUUCUGUUUCGAGAGUCCUCGUAAACCAUAUAUAUAAGUGUGUGUGUGUGUGCUUGUUUAUGUGGUUUACGAGGACACUAAACAUUAUAGUGAUUAUGACCUAGUUUUAUGCUAUUACGAGUCCUCGUAAACCAUAUAUAUAAGUGUGUGUGUGUGUGUGUGUGGUGCAAAGGUCUGGAUAAUGUGUCAGACUCCCGCUUUUAAGCUAGAGGAAGCUCCGAACGGAAUGUAUUAAUUAUGUAUGAAUAGAACGAUGCAUAAAUAUAUAUACACACUAAUAUUUAUAUUUAAGAGAGAUAUGGAUGGUUUGUAUUAAGUGAAAUCGUUUGGCCAGGCGAUCCUCUGUUGUAAUAGGAUUAGCAGGCUCUUCUGGAUUAUGUGCAUAGAUGAGUGUGUGUGUGUUGUACACUAUAUUAUAUUCAAAUUCACUUUGGCUCUGUUCAAAAACCUAGUGAGUACCCUACGUAGGCAACUUUCAAGAUGACAUUGGAGGUGCAAAUAAAUCAUUCAGCUUCUUAGAGGAUACAAUCCCAUAAUGCAUUGCAACAAACUCAUUGGGAAUCAAUCAGCCAUUUUGUUGCAUUUAUAACUACAAUUACACCAUUGUGUUACUGAGAAAAGUGAACAAAAUGCAUUACACACACACACACACACUCUAUAAUGAGAGAAGAAGGCCUGAAGUUGGUCUGAUGUCUGUAUAGAUAGGAACUUAGAUGACCACAAGAGGGCCAAACGCAGAAACCCAGAGGUCAUGCUGCUCGCCAUUAUUUAAUCAAUCAUAACAAGGCUAUCCGGCUGCUUUAACCUCAUGCUAGCUGGAUCUACAGCGAUUCAGGCAACCAUGAGGCCUUAUUUUACUCUGAUAUCAGAUCAAAUCAAUACAUUCAAUAUCUGUUUUAAUGAUGUUUGAUUUUAGUUUAUGAGAGAGACUGAAUAAUGCGCCAAACUUUGGAGUGCAAACAUUUUUGAAGUGCAAAAAUAGUUCAAAAAGCUAAUUUGAUUAGCAAUAAUAGGCCAAAACGCUCCAUUGAUGUUAUUAUCUAGAAGCCACAAAUAAAUGAAAGUAAAUUUGUGAGCGCUUUUGGAUUGUACAUCAUCCCACGUUAUUGGCCUCAUUCAUGAAACCCAAAACAAAUUUUCUGUUUUAAAUGUUUCGCAAAAAAUGCACUUAUAAAAAUAGGAUUCGUCUGUGAAUUGUUGCACGAAUUUGCGUAGAAUGUCUCAGUUUAAUCGUUCAUAAGUAGUUCUGUCAUAUGAAUUGCGGAUUUAUAUGCAAUUCUUGCUAUAAAUGCAUCCCCAUUCCAGCAGGUUCUGCACUGCCCUCUUGUGGUCACGAGCUGUAAAUACCACUCAUAUUGUUUUCUGUACAUAUGUCUAAUGAAAAGAAAAGGCUAAUACAAGUUAAUCAGCUGACAAGAAGCUUGGGAGAAAUAUGCAAAUACGAUAUUUUCGUAUGUUUUUGUGUCUUUUAUUGUUUCUCUCUCUCUCUCUCUCGAAUGACAUAAUAAGCUUUUAAGACCGUAUCUAUCCCUGAUGCUUUUAGGUGCGAAUUCCACAUCGAAUUUUAUUGUUAUAUUGAUUAUCAUGGCUUAGUUUUGUACGGAUUUUUGAGACAUAGAACUGGACUUAUAUUUUUUUUAUUUCUGCAAAUCAAUGAGACAUCUCAACCAGACUGCUGCUGAGCUGCGUUAGCUGUUUAUUUCGUUUUUUUCUUCUGCAUUCUGAUCUGAAACUGGUGCUUUAGUUUUGUUUUUGCUACAACCGCUGCCUCAAAACAGCCAACCUGACACACACGAAACAGUCCGUUCAAAGGAUUGUUGAAGCUUUAACAUUACUGCGGGUGAAAAAAACGGGGGCUCGUCCGGGAUGGACGAUGUCGGAUUUAUCAAGACUUGUAGAAAAGCUGGAAGGUUCUUCAAGAGCAGGAACAUUUGGAUUAAUGCUGUCUUGUGGAUGACGAACUGGAUUGCAGACACGUGUAUAUACCAGUUACGAUAAGCUUCGUUUGGAUUAUACUAGUUUUUCUAGAUAAGGAUUAUCAGCGUAGUGGAGUUGAGUGUUUGUUUUUUGCUCCUUUUAACCCCGGAUCCAGAUGAGCAUCUCUGCCUUCGUAGCCUUUGCAGAACUCAAACACAUCUGGAUCACUUACAUCUGAUCAACAAGGGAAAUAAACCAGCAACAUCUUUGCUCAGCUCUGGAUUAAGCAGGAGGCUUUGCCCUCAUCAAGCUAAAAAAACACACAGGAUUCCCGCCAGUUUUGGGUUUGCUUCAUUGGGUGUCAACGGAUGGACGUCUGAAUGGUAUCAUGGGGGUUUUUGUGGCCCCGGUGUCCCUUCAUCAGUGUUUUUGUGAGGGGGGAAAUCAGGGGCGGUUCUAGGAUUUCACUACUGUUGUCGGUUUAAGAUUACAUUUAAUAUUAGAAUUUUGUAAACAAAAACAAAUAACAGUAAAUAAUAAUUUGAGCUUUUGGUCAAUACAACGGUUAACAUUUACAACAUGCUGCUCUCUUUUAUAUCAUAUAAUCAUGCCUUUUUGAAUUUUAGUUCUUCGAUUAAGCUAUAAAGCAAUCCAUUUUCCGUCACAAAAUUAUAAAAUAUCGACUAAGAUAUAAUAGUAACUUUGCUUAUAUUACUUAAUUUUUAAAGCCUAUCUGAUACAAACAUUGCGAAUGUAGCGUUUUAGGACCUGCAGAAAAACUAAAAGCAUAAUGUAAAUAACAAACAGCGCCAUCUGUUGGUAAAACUAUUGUCAGAAUCGAUUCGAGAGAGAAUCAUAAUACAUUCGUAAAAUCUCUGAAUUGAUACAGAAUCGAGUCAUUGCCACAGCUCUAGUGAAAAAUAGUACAGCUGUUAAUAAAGCAAACAGCGCCAUCUGUUGGUAGAAACUAAUCUCGGAAUCAAUACAGAAUCUGUUUGCUCCAAUUGCACUUAUCACCAGCGCCCUAACGAAAAAUAGUACAGCUUUUCAUAAAUCAAACAGCACCAUCUGUUUGUGAAAGCUAAUCUCAGAAAUGAUUCAGGAGAGAAUAGUACAUUUAAAAAACCUCCAUCAUAUAUCGAUUCACAGUGAAAUCGAUUUAUCGCGAUUCGCCACAGCCCUAAUAAAGAAUAGUACGGUUGUUUAUAAAACAUUUCGGAAUCGAUUCAAGAGAGAUUUACACUGCAUUUGGGAAAAUCUCGUAAUUGAUACAAUCGUUUGGCAUCGUAAUGAUUUAUCGCCAGAGAACUACUAAAAAAGUAAACUGUUUAUAAAGUAAACAGCGCCAUCUGUUGGUGAAAACUAAUCUCAGAAUCAAUUCAAGAGAGAAUUGUAAUACAUUGGAAUAUCUUGGAAUCUAUAAACCUAAUCUCAGAAUUGAUUUAAACGAGAAUCGCAGUUCAUUCUGAAUAUCUCUAUCAUUUAUCACCACAGUCUUAGUAAAAAAAUAGUACAGCUGUUAAUAAAGCAAACAGCACCAUCUGUUGGUUAAAACUAAUCUCGGAAUCAAUUCAAGAGAGAAUCGUAAUACAUUAGAGAGAUCUCGCAAUGGCUACAGAGUCGAUUUAUCGCCACAGCUAUAAUGAAAGUAGCACAGCUGUUAAUAAAGCAAACAGCGCCAUCUGUUGGUUAAAAAUAAUCUUGGAAUCUGUUCAAGAGAAAAUCGUAAUACAUUUGAGAGAUCUCAGAAUGGCUACAGAGUCGAUUUAUUGCCACAGCUAUAAUGAAAAGUAGUACAGCUGUUGAUAAAGCAAACAGCGCCAUCUGUUGGUAAAAACUAAUCUCGGAAUCAAUACAGAUUCUAUGUGCUCCAAUUGCACCAAUUUAUUGCCAGCACCCUAAUCAAAAAUAGUACAGCUUUUCAUAAAUCAAACAGCGCCACUGUUUGUGAAAACUAAUCGAUUCAAGGGAGAUUCGCAAUGCAUUCGGGGAAAUCUCAGAAUCAAUACAGAAUCAAUUUGCAAUGCAAUGAUUUAUCACCAGAGAGCUACUAAAAACAGGUACAGCUGUUAAUUAAGCAAACAGCGCCAUCUGUUGGUAAAAACUAAUCUCAGAAUCGAUUCAGGAAAGUAUAGUACAUUUAAAAAAUCUCAAUCAUAAAUCGAUUCACUAUGAAUAUAUCGAUUCGCUUUAUCGCCACAGCCCUAGUAAAGAAUAGUACGGCUGUUAAUAAAGCAAACAACACCAUCUCUUUAAAACGAAUUGCAGAAAUGAUACAGAAUCAAUAUGUAAUGCACCAGUUUAUCACCAGCGCCCUGUUGAAAAAUAGAAAAGCGUUUCAUAAAGUAAACAGCGCCAUCUGUUGGUAAAACCUAAUCUCAGAAUUGAUUUAAAAGAGAAUCGCAGUUCAUUCUGAAUAUCUCUAUCAUUUAUCAAUUCGCAAUGCACUAAUUUAUCACCACAGUCCUAGUAAAAAAAUAGUACAGCUGUUAAUAAAGCAAACAGCGCCAUCUGUUGGUAAAAAAUAAUCUCGGAAUCAAUUCAAGAGAGAAUCGUAAUACAUUCGAGAGAUCUCGGAAUGGCUACAGAGUCGAUUUAUCACCACAGCCCUAUUAAAAACAGUACAGCUGUCAAUAAAGCAAACAGCACCAUCUGUUGGUGAAAGCUAAUCUCGGAAUCAAUACUGAAUGGCUUUACUGCCGCAGCUCUAGCGAAAGGAUCUAGAGCCGCCCCUGGGGGAAGUUGUUGUAGAUACACAGGAGAACAUCUUCUGGACUGUCUAUGCACUUUGGAUCAGUUAAUCUUCACAUUCGCAGAGUUUGUGUCUUCUCUGUUGGAUGUUCUUGACUGAAUUGAAGGCAAACGACUGACCUGUGGCUUUAUUUGUCUAUAUAGUCACGGUUGUGUCGCGGAGCCGAACAGCUAGGCUGAAGAAACCCUUUCUUGAGUCUAGCUGAAGGAAAAUUUUUCGCUCAUGUACGUAUGUAGAAGCGGGUAAACGAAUCGUCUGAAUGCUGAUUGUUUAAGGAAAACACAAACCACCAGGUGCCGUUGUUAACCAAAAUGAACUACCUCUCUCUCAUUCAUUCACACAUGUAAUCAUCACACCAUUUCAAUGUUUCGUCUGUCUUUCUUUUUAUAAGAAACACUAAAUCUUAUUUAUUCCUCUCUGACUCAAAUGCUGGACUAUUUACCUCAAGAUGUCUCCAUAAAAAAGCCUGCAGCUUAAA